UGACAAACUUUUGGUAACCAGUGUGCUUAUUCUGCCCAGGUAAGUUAGCCGUGAUUUACAGUAGGUAAACAUGAUUGGAUGGAUCAACCAGUGACUGGUGUUUAAGUUUGGGGUAGGUAAAGCAUGUACUUAUUUUCAAAUAGUAUGUCAUAGUAACAGAAUUCCAUUUGAAAACAUACGUUUUUUAAAGCUGUGUAUUUUUUUCUUUUUUCCCCGCUUGUAGGUUUGAAACUACAUUCACAGAUCAUAUCCCAUUGAUAUUUAUUACAUACCCAGUCGCUGUAUUUCUACUUCUUGAAAAUGUCAGUAGUGUAAUGGUGGCGCCGGCUAUUGCAUCUGAUGUAAACUUGGCCAAAACUGUCGCUCUGUAGGGAUAAUGUCACUGUGGUAUUGUUACAGGAUCUUUAGAAAGCAAAGGCACUGCCCAGUAGCUUUUAGAACACAGACCGUGGCCAGCUGAGUCAUGCAACGUGUGGAAAGAGAUUGUUAAAGUUAAUUUAAUAGAAAAUCUUUAUAGUCCUUGCAUACUGCAAACCGCACAUUAUAGAAACGUAUAGCAUACAAAAUAUUGCACUCUUUUUGGUUUGUAUUCGUCAGCUUACUCUACGGAAUUUUGAAACCGCAUUGGGCAGACAGACAGACAUGCACGUAGGCCUUCCUCUUACACUCACAGUCACAAGCUUGUCUUUUUAAUACAUAUUGUAGCGAGCACGGGGAAGGCAGCAGCAGGGCUGGUAGGUGACGUAAUUACACACAAAGAGAUGAGUGCGAUAUACUUCUCCUUUUGUACAGCGGUACCGGCUCAAUGCUUCAGUGCGAGAGAUCCCGGGUUCGCACCCGCCCUCUGCCUGUGUGUAGAUUACCUGCCUGUGUUAACCGAGAUCGCUACAUUAUUAACCAGCUCUAUAAUAAACUGUUUGUAUAGUACAUCGGCAAUUUAAGACUAAGGUGACCUCCAUCCGCCAUACAGAAGUGUUGAAUUUGCACGGCUUCAAUUUCAAAUACCCGCGUGAGGUGGCACUAACGCAGUCACACCCUGUUCAAAAGCAUUGCCAAAGUCACACUAAGAAACCUUUCGUCUGAUUGGAAGAGCUUCUCUUCUUUCAGUGAAAGAUGUCUCAGGAUAUGAAGGAGAAGCUGGAAAAGUACCGCACGGCUCCCUUCGAUGCCAGGUUCCCCAACCAGAACCAAACCAGGAACUGCUGGCAGAACUACCUGGAUUUUCAUCGCUGCCAGAAGGCUCUGACUAUCAAAGGCACUGAUGUUACCCCUUGUGAUUGGUAUCUGAGGGUGUACAAAUCGUUGUGCCCCGUAUCCUGGGUGUCGAAGUGGGAUGAGCAAAGGGAGAACGGGACAUUCGCUGGAAAAAUCUAACACCAAUUCACUAGAUCUGCAUCCCAAGAAGGCACCUCUUAAGACAUUAAAAUGUGGGGUCGGUCAGAUCUUCCUAAGAAGUUAUCCAAGCUCUUAUGAAACUUGUGUUAUGGAUACUUUAUACUUUAUGGAUAUAUUAAAAUGCACCUUUUGAUCUUUAAGGGUUCAGACAAUAAACUCAGAACAUAAAA